UAGAUUAAAUGCACAGCAGUGACUUUUCUCUCUGUUAUACAGAGGAGCCAAUAUACUGUUAUACCCCACACAACUUCACCCGCGACCAAGCCUUGUAUGCCAGAGGAUAUUGUUGGACAGAACUAAAAGAUGCCUUGCCAGGAGUCGAUGCCAGCCACUGGCCCUCCUUGUUUGAACAUAAGUUCCUACCUUAUGCACUGCUGGCUUUUGCUGGGAUAAUGUACAUUCCAGCUCUGGGCUGGGAAUUUCUGGCCUCCACUCGACUCACUUCCGAGCUUAAUUUUUUGCUUCAGGAGAUUGACAAUUGUUACCACCGUGCAGCUGAAGGGCGGGCACCAAAAAUAGAGAAACAAAUUCAGUCCAAAGGGCCAGGCAUCACUGAGAGAGAGAAGAGAGAAAUUAUUGAGAAUGCGGAGAAAGAAAAAAGCCCUGAACAGAACUUGUUUGAGAAAUACCUGGAAAGAAGAGGACGAAGUAACUUUUUAGCUAAGCUUUAUCUUGCAAGGCAUUUAUUCAUCAUCUUUUUAAGCAUCAUACCAAUUACGUACUUGUCCACCUACUAUGCUACGCAGAAGCAAAAUGAAUUUACAUGUGCACUAGGAGAGCCUCCAGACAAAACCAGCAGCUCCAAGCUGCACAUCAGAGUGAACUGCAAACUGCCCUCUGUCCAGCUCCAGCGGAUUAUUGCAGGCGUGGAUAUUGUUCUCCUUUGCUUCAUGAACUUGAUAAUCCUCAUCAAUUUAAUUCAUCUCUUCAUUUUUCGCAAGUCCAACUUCAUAUUUGAUAAACUAAACAAAGUUGGCAUCAAGACCAAGAAACAGUGGCAGAAGUCCCAGUUUUGUGACAUCAACAUUUUGGCCAUGUUUUGCAAUGAAAAUCGGGACCACAUCAAAUCUUUGAACCGUCUGGAUUUCAUUACCAAUGAAAGCGAUCUGAUGUAUGACAACGUGGUCCGGCAGCUGCUGGCAGCCCUGGCGCAGUCCAACCACGACGCCACGCCAACCAUGCGCGACUCGGGGAUCCAGACCAUAGACCCAAGCGUUGACCCAGCAGACAUCGAUGCUAAUGAGCAGCUCAUCAUUAAGAGGCCAAGAAAGAAGAUGAAAUGGAUCCCAACUACCAACCCUCUCCCUCAGCCUUUCAAGGAGCAGCUAGCCAUCAUGAAGGUCGAAAACCAUAAACCUGAAAAACCUAAGCCCGUGAGGAGGAAAACUGCAACCGACAGCCUCAUAGCUCCUCUGUUGGAGUCCACUGCAAAAACCUCCCAGCAAUCAUCAGCCCAUAAAACCGAGUCAAAUGCCAUCCCAAGCACAAGUACUGAGAAAAAACACACGCGACACUUUUCCUUGGAUGUUCAUCCAUAUAUACUUAGUAGCAAAAAGCCCAAGCCAGAGAUUCAAGCCAUGCCCUCGAUGCCUACAUCAAAAAGCCAAGAGGGAGGAUUUAUAAACCAGGAAGAGAAUGUCAUAGUACACGUCACCUCCUCCCUCAAAGACACUCCUCAUCCUGCGAAGGAGAUCCUGUACCCAUCGGAGACAUGCAGAACUGUGCCCACUGCUGGAGCUUUUGUCACAUGUAACCACAACCAUAUAGCCACAACUGCUGCUACGACGAGCAUGACACUGAAUCAAGUCAAGGCAGAACCAACGCCUGCGCUGAACUGCAACCCGACCCAUCCGCUGCUGCACAUCAACACACUGUAUGAAGACCACGAGGAAGAGGUGUCUAACAUGAUAGACAAUGGUAUCCACUCACCCUCCGACGCGGGGGAAAUGCUCUCCAUCCCGGCCAUCCCGACCCCCAAGCAGAUACGGUUGGCCACGUUUGACGAGCCCAUGGCCAUAGUGAGCUCUGUGGAGUACUGAAGAGCAGGGCCGCCCCGCUGCGCCCUCGCGGCCCGGCCCAGCGCCGCUG